AGGUGAAGGAACUUGAACGUCUACAUCAUAACCAUUUGAGGUUACUUGUUGUUCAAGAGAAGAUGGUUCUGAUAAUGAUGAGUUGGAAGAAUAGUCUUUUGUUCACUAUUUUAUUUCAAGUCAUCUAUCAUGUGUACUGUAUGAAUGCUGACAACGACUGGUUCAUCGAAGAAUCUACAACUGAGGAAAGAAAUUUUAUAAAGUUACUCAAAAACGCUCAACAUGACAACAAAAAAGCAGCUCACUUGUUGAAUUUGAAGAGGUCUUUACAGGCUAACGGAAAGUCACUGCCGUCGACCGUAUACAAAAGGAUGAAAAUUGAAGUUUUGAGAUCUUUGAAACAAGAUUAUCUUCAAAAAAAACGAUAUUAUGAUGAAGUUGUCAAGAGAUCAUUUCAUCAUGUAGAAUGUCAGCCGUGGCUAAUUCCUGUCGAGAUCAAACCCAAGGACGAAUAUCAUAUGAACCAUCCAUCAUUUAUCGAACUUCAUCGAUGUUUGGGAGGAUGUCGCUACAAGGCACCUUCUUUAAUACAUUGUGCAGUGAGUCAGCAAACCUCUGUUCAAGUAGGAUACACUGAAUUCAGAAUUGAAAAUGGUGGUGAUGUUAAUAAAAAUCAAGUGAAAACGUUGCAAAAUCAUACAGAUUGUGUAUGUGAGUGUAGAAUUCAGGAGCAUCAUUGUCAUAAAGAGAAAGAAAGAUACGAUGAAAAUGAAUGCAAAUGUGUUUGCAAAGAACUUAAUUGUACACAUAAACAGGAAUGGAACCAAGAUGAAUGUAAAUGUAAAUGUAAAAAAGCAAAAUCAUGUGGAGCAAAGGUUUGGAGUGAGAACACAUGUCAAUGUGAAUGUGAUAAGAGGGAAGAAAACAAAUGUUUGAAAUCAAACAAAGAAAUCAAUCCAGAAACUUGUAAAUGUCAAUGUUCACCCAAGAUACAGUGUCCUCCUGGAUCAACAUUGAGUGAAUAUGACUGCAAGUGUUCAACAACAGCCUAACUUUCACGAUCUACAUAACUACAAUUUGUUGGACAAUUCUAUUAUAAUACAGUUGUAGUGAACGAUAUAUUACUUCGCUUUUUGCAAUAGAUCUUAAACUUUUACUUCGCCUUUUUUUUACUGAAUAUUGUAUAGAAGUUUUAUAAAUUAAGUGAAUAGAUUUUAAUUUUGAAUUCAUCAACUUUGAGCGUGUUUUGUGUAACAUUGAACUAAGAAUAGAAAGCGGCCGCCGCUAAGGCCCGGGA